AUGAAAGUCGCCAUCGUAACCGGCGCUUCUUCUGGACUCGGUCGCGCCAUUGCAAUCGAAUACGCCAAGCAGGGAUGGAAUAUCAUCUGCAGCGACCUGCGGUCCGACGCUCCGGUCGGUGAAUUAAUUUCCACAGUCGACAUGAUCAAUCAAGCGAAUGCCGGCAGUGGCGCAUUCGUACGCGCGGACGUUUCCAGCUCUGAAGACAUACAGAAUUUGAUAUCGGCGACCGUGGCAAGGUAUGGACGACUGGAUAUCAUGCUUGGACCCAAACCAAUUGCUGAGACCGAUGACUCGACAUUCGAUAAAACCAUGGCAGUCAACAGUAGAUCGGUGUUCCUGGGAUGCAAAUAUGCGGUGCGGCAGUUCUUGAAACAGGAGCCUCAUGCGGGCGGCCACCGCGGCUGGAUCAUCAAUACUGCAUCGGUUUACGGAUUAAAGCCUGAGAUUGGCCACAGUAAGAUGUCUUCACCGUUUCGCAAAGCUGCCGUCGUACACAUGACAAAUGCGAUGCUAUCAGACGAAACGCAUAAUGCGGGAAUCACGGCCCUGCAUCCAUGGGGAUCCUUGGGUCUCCCGCAGGAUGUGGCCAAAGCUGCCGUGUUCCUGGCUAGCGAACAGGCUACAUGGAUCACGGGUGUUGCACUACCAGUAGAUGGUGGCUAUAUGACAGCGUAA